ACCCGACGGCUUAUCUUCGAUUAGUCUUAUGUCUGCUGUAACAUCUACUGCUUCUCUACUCGGGGAAGAGUCUGGUGAAAGCUCAGUAGCUCCAGCAACACCUCUUCCUUAUCAGAUGAUUGGACAAGAGAUAAAUGACAUUGUCAAGGCUAUUCGGAGUGAAGUAGAAAAAGUACGAUCGUUAUACGAAGAAUUUAGUCCUCCUCGAUUAUGGUUCUACUCGCGUAUCUUGGCGAGUUCGAAUAAAGUACAACAGCAAGUUCUUGUUGUGUUACGCAAACUCGUAGAUCUUUGGAAAAGGCAGAAGAUACACGAAUGGCCAGAAGAGGACGUUUCUAGAGCACUGCCUUGUAAUCUUGUGACUGAUAUUGCGAAUGCUUGUUUAGCUGUUAUUCAUGUGUUGUCCAUCAUUCCAGAAGAGUUUGGUGUGACUGGUGUCAACGAGUAUUGUUUGCAAUCAGGCUCGGAAAUCAACAAUAGCUGUGUUGGUUCGUUGAGUUAUUUGUGUGUUCUAAGCGAUUCUUUGAAAGAGCGCAUCAGUAAGGUUUCCGACAUUAAAAUUCCUGAUUAUGUUGGUUUGGACGACGAGCCAGAGGAUUACGAGAUUCCGCCAAGCUCAGCACCAUCAUCACGAUCUAAUCGGUCUCUCCACCGCAGCUUGUUUUAUCAACAAUUGGAGUACUCACAGCAGCACAGUGUGGACAGUGGGAGUACAGAGAUGUUUUGCUUGGAUCCUAGUGUCAGUGAGCAACCAGUUAUCGUAUCGGAAUUAGCGCCGUCGUCGUCAGCCAUGCCUGAUAUCCGUUCUGAAACAUUAUCUGAAGAUAUACUUGGAGACAUAGGAAGUGAUAUGUCUUUCAGCUUUGGUGUUGACGCUGUUCCCUUGACGGUUUCAAGCGUAAAAGACGAAAGCAUGAAGCCAGAACGUUUAUCUGGCCGUGAUACAGGGACAGAUCGCUUUUAUCCGGUUGCCGCUCCACGCAGAAAGAUGCCUGCAAAAGAUGGGUUUGCAGAAUCGAAAUCGAGGCGACCUCCGGGACGCAUUAAAACCACUCUAGACCGAGAUCAGAUUCGGAAGAUUGUUCGAGAACAACGAAAACAAUAUGAAGAUGUGCUGCAGUCGGUUAAAAAGUACGAAGUUGGGAAGGUUGCAAGUUACGAAGAACCUAAUCCCUUGGAGCUUCCGUCAGCUCCACUACAACGACUGCCGUAUACGAUGAUUGCACAGCUGACUAAACACAUGCAAUUUAGUUUGCUGCAUUUGCUUCAUCAGAGAUAUAUGACCAGCAUUCACAAGGAAGUGGACGUGCGUCACGAGUUUGAGCUUGUACUAUGCGUGGACAACUCUGGUAGCAUGCAUUCUAAGAUUCAUCAUGCUCUGACUGGUCUCGUCGUUCUAAUGGAAACAUUCCGUAGAAUGGAAUGUAGGUUUGCGGUAGUAAGGUUUGGAGGAAGGAAGUCACAGAAGACUCUGAAAGCAUUUGCUGAAGAAAUGAACUCUGUACGAGGACAGUGGAUUAUAGAACAGUUCGAGUGUGAUGAAAGUACUCUUCCUGCCGAUGCUCUUAAGUACAUUGCAGAAGAACUUUACAAGGGAAAGUCAUCAAAGGCGGACACUCUUCAUCGAAUCAUUUUGAUGAUUACCGACGGGAUCUCACAACAGACUAACCCGAACGAUUAUAGAAUCUACAAACAGUCUUGUCAAGCUGAUCUUAUAGUACUGGCGAUGACACCGUCGAGGCAACAGGCAACUAAUGAGAGAAGGGCGAAGGCAGAAAACCACUACAAACAUUCGUCGAGCUUCCUUGCCGACUUGUUAGGAGGUGAUAACAGUAAGUAUCGUGUUUUGCCCGAAGACGAAGCUCACCUGUUACCGGCUGUUAUCAGCAAUCUAAUCGCUGAAUGCUUUGAAUCUGUCCUGACCGAAAUUCGGACUGCGGGUCGCACGGUCCGGCAAAGAUCUUUCACGGUUGCUGUUGAGGCUCAGACUUGUUGUCCAGGUUCUGCUACGAUUAUUGACAAUUACAUAAAACAGAGCUAUCAAGGGAGUCACGUGUUCGUGAGCCAUCCUCUUGCAACAAUACCUUUACUCGAGGAAGCGAACAAUACGUCAGCUAAAAUAACAAUAUCUCAUGAACCAUUACUGGAAGCUUGUGAUAAACUAGAUGAUCAUUACGAAAGUACAGAAAUGAUGCGCUGUUUGACUGUAUCGGAGGAAUGGUGGUUGGUUGCAACGCGUCAGCUCGAUUCUCUUAUUGCUGAACUGCAGGCUAUAUUUGAUGACGUUAUGUUUAUGCCAAAUAAACCCACGCGAUCGGUACCAGACACACGCGGUUCUCGUCUGUCGCUGCCUGGAAUCGUGCAAUAUCUCUGCACCAACGGCCAAUACACGCGGAUAUUUGAGAAUAUGAUUGGAUCGCCGAAACGACAAUAUCGAGUUUGCCUUCUUGCCGACAAUUCCUCUUCAAUGCAAGGACCACCAGGUUCUGGUGCCGCUCAAGCUUUAGUAGCGUUGUGUGAAGCUCUCAAUCGCUGCUCAAUAGAAAACUUCUGCGUCGUCACGACAGGAGAACGUGUUACUCUAGUAAAGACCGCCCAGCAAGCGUUCGACGGCAGAGCGAUGCACAUGAUCUGCAAUUGUCUUCGUUUUAACGAACAAGCCUCAUAUCUUGCCGACGGACUCGACUACUCGCUCGAACUUUUAUCACAACAAUCAGACAGUGACGGUCCGAUGUUCGUGUUUGUUCUAACCGACGGUUAUCCAUCUCAAGGCAUAAAGUUGUCUCAUUCGCUAAUGAAAGCGGAAGACCUCGGGGCGUUUGUAGUGGCAAUUGGCGUCGGUUUAGAGAGUUCAGGAGUUGGAACGGUCUUUCAACAUUACAUUGUGGCUCAACAACCCAUGAAGAUAGCGAACGGGCUGCAAAAACUUGUCGAGCAGCGAGGAGAUGGCAGUAAACUAGAAGAGGUUCCGUUUGAGACGGUGAAACAAUCAAAGGUUACGGACAGCGUCGGAGGGGAGUAUACAUCAGUUGAUGAUGUGUGGAAGGUUGCCGAUAGAGAACGCAUAUUUGCCGAUCUCGCAAAAGAUGUCGAUGAUAAAAGAUCCGUCAUUCUAAUACAGCAGUCGUCUGGAGGAAGCCCGUUUAGCAUCGACGUGUGCUUUGUGAUGGAUUGCACGGGAUCGAUGGGCUCGUGGAUCCAAGCUGCAAAGGACGGCGUCCAUAAAAUGUCAAAAGAGAUCCAAGAUCAAGUAUCCGUGUCGUAUGGCAGAUCGUGCAAGUUGAGAAUGGCGUUCGUCGCUUACAGAGAUGACUGCGAUGGUAGUAAUCGUUUUGACUCGAUUGGCCUGACAGAAAGCGUCGAGUCAGUGAGAAACAAAGUGUCUGCUCAACAAGCAACAGGUGGUGGAGAUGAAUGUGAAGACAUUCAAGGAGGCUUGGAUGUUGCUUUGAAAUUCGGGUGGACGACCACCGACUCUGAAGCUCGUUUUAUUGUGCUGAUUGCUGACGCUCCCGGUCACGGUAGGUUUUGCCAUGCGGGCGAUCGUGGUGACGGUCAUUACCCUGGUGGGAUACCAGGAUCACCACAAAUGGCCGAUAUCAUGAACCGAAUGGCAAAGCAACGCAUUCACUUUAUGUUCGUCAAGAUCAACAACUCUACCGAUUACAUGAUUCGACAAAUGGAGGGAGUGUACAACCGGAAUGAAGGCGGCAUGGAAUUGAAAAUCGAGACGAAGCCGUUAACGGAUCCUUCUGGUCCCAGUCGUCUAGCCGAGACGGUGUGUGGACAUAUCACGUAUGUCGUUGCUGACCAAUUUAUGUAAUGGGACAGAAACGAUAGUAGCAUAUCUAGUUAGUGUUUUUUAGUGCAUGGUUGUUUGAUGUUUUCACGUUUACAAUCAAUGGGGGUUAAUUGGAUUUUGCUGAACUACGACGUUAGGAUUGUGAAACUGCUCUAGGGAUGUGGGUUGUUUGCUUGGUCAUUUGAUGGCUUGAUGUAUGUGCGCUUAGAUGUGUAUUGCUAAUAUGCCAGUAUUGUAGUAAUUGGAUUUGCAAGACAAAAUCAUCA